AUGCACUUUCAAUGCACUGCUAUACUGGCUUGGGUCAUUUUCGGGCUAGCGAGUGCCCAGUGCCCAAAUGUGCCUGCUCCCCUUUAUGGUUAUGCGGUUGAUCCGGCCUAUCGUGCCAUCAAAAUCGCAGGAAAUCUUGCCAAUCCGCGAGGCAUAAUCACGGACAAGGCAGGCCGCCUUCUCAUCCUUGAGCGAGGCAAGGGCAUCAGCCAGCAUACGGUCUAUGCCUCUUCCGGCUGUAUUAGCAAGAGCGCCACACUACUGUCAUUGUCUUCCCUAAAUCAUGGCAUCUACCUCAACUCCAGGCAAGACAAGCUGUAUGCCAGCAGUACCACUACAGUGUAUAGCUGGUCUUACAAUGUCACCAGUGGCCAACUGGGAAAUGCUCGGACCGUCGUGGUCCAGGGAAUGAGCAACAGUGGACAUUCCACAAGGACGCUGACAUUCUCUCCCAAAAAUCCGAACUUGCUUGUCGUGUCAUGUGGCUCAAACGCGAAUAUUGAUGCAGCAUCCAUCGACCCAAGCGUUGCACGGGCAAUUGUCAAGGUCUUUGAUCUCAACAAUGUCCCCCAGGGCGGAUAUAAUUACGUGACGCAGGGCUACAAUGCAGGUUAUGGUCUGCGCAACGAGGUCGGUCUCGAUUUUGACGCCGGCGGCAUGUUGUGGGGCGUGGAAAACAGCGCCGACGACCUGACCCGAACCGCCAAUGGGCAAACAACUGAUGUUCAUCUGAACAAUCCAGCCGAGGAGUUAAACUUCCUAGGCGACGUGAGCAAGCCCAACAACAAGUGGUACGGUUACCCGACGUGCUUCACCGUCGGCGACCCCAAGCAAUUCAAGGACAAGACCAACUUUGUCCUGGGCGACCAAUUUGUCACGUCGCCCAGCAGCACCUUCAAUGACACGACGUGUAUUCAAAAGUCUACACCACCAAGGCUCAUCUUUCCCGCCCACUCGGCCCCGCUCGACGCCAAGUUUGACGCCGGCUCCAAGAACCUCUGGGUCUCACUCCACGGGAGUUGGGACCGGUCGCCGCCCACGGGUUUUGGUGUCGUUCGCGUGCCCUUUGCAAAGGCCAGCGACGGCUCCUAUGCGCCGGUUGCGGCCCGGAAUCAGAUUGGAUACGCCAAGGUGUUUUCUCCGAAACGCGCGGAUGGUCAGACGUGCACGGCGACUACGUGCGUUCGUCCUGUUGGACUAGUGUUUGAUAGUUACGGCCGUCUCUACAUGACUAGUGAUGCCUCUGGUGAACUGUUCAUGAUUUCAAAGAUUUGA